GCGCGUUGGCAGUUCGCUCGCCGAGACCAGCGGUGGCGGGAGCGGGCUCCGGCGUGUGAGGGAGUGCUGCGCGGUGCGGCGGGGCGGGGCGGGGCGGGAGAAAGUGGCCGUCUGGAGGACGUUGGCGUAUACGCGCGGCGGAACGGACGACUUUUGGUUUUCGUGCGCGCCUUCGAAAACUGCGCCUGCUGUUGACCGAGGGGUCCGCCCGGAGACUCCCCUCCUCCGCCCCCGGCCCCGCGCCGAGCUCGCCGGCCCGAGCCAGCGUGGGCGAGGUGGGAAGCGCGCCCGACCCGAGCCCGAAGCCACCCCCCGAGUGCCCAUGGCUACUCGGGUGCUGACCAUGAGUGCCCGCCUGGGGCCCGUGCCCCAGCUGCCGGCCCCGCAGGACGAGCCCGUGUUCGCCCAGCUCAAGCCCGUGCUGGGCGCUGCGAACCCAGCCCGCGACGCGGCGCUCUUCCCCGGCGAGGAGCUGAAGCACCCGCACCAUCACCCACAGGCGCAGCCCGAGGACAUGAUAAAUACAAGAUGUGAAAUGGAGAAGUAUCUGACACCUCAGCUUCCUCCAGUUUCUAUAAUUCCAGAGCAUAAAAAGUAUAGACGAGACAGUGCCUCAGUCGUAGACCAGUUCUUCACUGACAGUGAAGGGUUACCUUACAGUAUCAACAUGAACGUCUUCCUCCCUGACAUCACUCACCUGAGAACUGGCCUCUACAAAUCCCAGAGACCGUGCGUAACACACAUCAAGACAGAACCUGUUACCAUUUUCAGCCACCAGAGUGAAACGACUGCCCCUCCUCCGGCCCCGACCCAGGCCCUCCCUGAGUUCACCAGUAUAUUCAGCUCACACCAGACCGCAGCUCCAGAGGUGAACAAUAUUUUCAUCAAACAAGAACUUCCUACACCAGAUCUUCAUCUUUCUGUCCCUCCCCAGCAGGGCCACCUGUACCAGCUACUGAAUACACCGGAUCUAGAUAUGCCCAGUUCUACAAACCAGACAGCAGUAAUGGACACUCUUAAUGUUUCUAUGUCGGCUGCCAUGGCAGGCCUUAACACACACACUUCUGCUGUUCCGCAGACUGCAAUGAAACAAUUCCAGGGCAUGCCCCCUUGCACAUACACAAUGCCAAGUCAGUUUCUUCCACAACAGGCCACUUACUUUCCCCCGUCACCACCAAGCUCAGAGCCUGGGAGUCCAGAUAGACAAGCAGAGAUGCUCCAGAAUUUAACCCCACCUCCAUCCUAUGCUGCUACAAUUGCUUCUAAACUGGCAAUUCACAAUCCAAAUAUACCUGCUACCCUGCCAGUUAAUUCACAAAAUAUCCAACCUGUCAGAUACAAUAGAAGGAGUAACCCCGAUUUGGAGAAACGACGCAUCCACUACUGCGAUUAUCCUGGCUGCACAAAAGUUUAUACAAAGUCUUCUCAUUUAAAAGCUCACCUGAGGACUCAUACUGGUGAAAAGCCCUACAAGUGCACCUGGGAAGGCUGCGACUGGAGGUUCGCGCGCUCGGACGAGCUGACCCGCCACUACCGGAAGCACACCGGGGCCAAGCCCUUCCAGUGUGCGGUGUGCAACCGCAGCUUCUCGCGCUCCGACCACCUGGCCUUGCACAUGAAGAGGCACCAGAACUGAGCCGCAGGCCUGCCGUGCCUACGCAGUGCCCACUGACGGCCUGCAGUUCACUUGGCAAAAUUUGCAACUACAAACUCAACUAUAUAUAUAAAAAAGAGAAAGCAAAAAACUGGAAAUGUAUAUUUUGUAUAUUUGAGAAAACAGGGAAUACAUUGUAUUAAUACCAAAGUGUUUGGUCCUUUAAGAAUCUGGAAUGCUUGCUGUAAUGUAUAUGGCGCUACUCAAGCAGAUUUCAUCUCACGACAGGCAGCCACAUCUCAGUGUGGGUUGGGGGUGGGAAGCAGAGUGUGUUUGCAGUGUUUUUACCUAAGCACCAUCAUUUAAUGUGACUGUGUUUAAUAAACAGGAUCAGUUGGCAGGAGCAGGAAGAAGACUGGAUUGUAUGUCAAGAUUUUACUUGACAUUGAAUCUUUUUUUUCAAUAUUAGAUAAUUCCUUAGAGGUGCGCAUUGUACCUGGCAAUUCACACGUAGCCAUUGAACAAAUGUGUUUUUUUAAAAUAUGAGUUGCCUAUAUUUGCUAUUCAAAAUUUUGUAAAUAUGCAAAUCAGCUUUAUAGGUUUAUUACAAGUUUUCUAGGAUUCUUUUGGGGGAAAAAUCAUUAAUGAUUCUUUUGAGAAUAACCGUAAGUACAUUUACAGUUAGAAUUUGUGAUAAGAUACCUCUUAAAACACUACCAAAUUGAUUUCUUUAGGGUAAUCAAAUAAUCAUUCAAAUGAACUUAAAAAGCAGAUUUCAUGCACUGAUUAAAUAGGAGUGUUUAUUUUAAACAUGAAAGACAUUUUAUAUGAAUUGUGAACUGAAGAGCUUAUAGGUAGUUACAAUACACAAAAGUCAAACCUCUUACAAUAAGCUAAACAGUAUCAUUUUAUAAAAGAAGGACUUAUGUAGUUUUCAUAUGGCAACAGUUGAAUUUAUGAUGUACUUUUCAUAUACCAAGAUGUUGGCUUGUGCAGUAAUGUUGGUUAAAUGUCAGUUUAUGUGGAUUUUGCAUGUAACAUACAUUGCGACACAGUAAUUUUUCCUAAAUUACAGUGCAGCCUAGUUAAUCUAUUGUUAAUACUGACUCAGUGUCUGCCUUUAAUCAUAAGUGACAUGUUGAAGACGUAAGGAAGCAAGUGCUACAUAUAUGCAAUAUAAAAUAGAAAUGUGAUGCUCAUGCUGUUAACCAAAGGGCAGAAUAAAUAAGCAACAUGCCAAAAGGGGUCUUAAUUGAAAUGAAAAUUUAAUUUUGUUUUUAAAAUAUUGUUUAUCUUUAUUUAUUUUGUGGUAAUAUAGUAAGUUUUUUUAGAAAAUUUUCAUAACUUGAUAAAUUAUAGUUUUGUUUGUUAGAAAAGUUGCUCUUAAAACAUGUAAAUAGAUGACAAAUGGUGUAAAUAUUUUGUAAGAGGCUUCAAAAUGUUUAUACGUGGAAACAUACCUACAUAAAAAGCAUAACUCAGUUGCUGUUUUGCUUCUUUUUCCCUCUUAUUUUUGUAUUGUGGUCAUUUCCUAUGCAAAUAAUGGAGCAAACAGCUGUAUAGUUGUAGAAUUUUUUGAGAGAAUGAGAUGUUUAUAUAUUAACGACAAUUUUUUUUGGAAAAUAAAAGUGCCUAAAAGAUU